GGUUUGACUGUAAUUAUACUGCUCCCUGCCAUGGCCACUCAUGUGCAUGCGUGCAGGAGACCGAGAACAGUCUCCUCCACCCAAACUCCGCUUCGCGAGGGCGAUCCAACAGCUUUUCAGGUGAACGCCUCCCUUUAUAGGUCUCCCUCAUCGCUCCCCUCUUCAUUCUCCUCUCUCUCUCUCUCUCUCUCUCUCUCUCGCUCUCUCUCUCUCUCUGUAUCUCUUUCCCUUCAGCUCGAGCAACGCAGCGUAUCGCAGAUCGGAGAUGGGCGAGGUGACGCCGGAGAUGGAGCGUAUCUUCAAGCGCUUCGACACCAACGGCGACGGCAAGAUCUCGCUGGCGGAGCUCGGCGAGGUCCUCCGCACGCUGGGCUCCACCUCCGGCGACGACGUGAAGCGCACCAUGGCGGAGAUCGACACCGACGGCGACGGCAACAUCGACUUCAAAGAGUUCGCCGCCUUCUGCCACGCCAACCCCGGUCUCAUGAAGGACGUGGCCAAGGUCUUCCUUUGAGUUCUGGUCUCCUUUCUUCUUCUUCUUCUUCUUCUUCUUCUUCUUUUGGUCUCUUCUGACCAAUCGCAGCUGUGUACGUAAUGGGAUCUUGUGGAGAUUGUCAGCUUAAUGAUUUGUGUCGCCAUAUGAACUCUCACCAAAUCAGUUUAAUAUUGCUAUUCCAAUAUGAAAAGGUUUUGUGCUGCAUCGCGUUGCCGCUUUGUUUCUUCA